AUGAUGGAGAUAUAUCCUCAGGCACGAAAAGGAAAAUACCGGGUGGUGUGUAUAGGCGUGACGGCGAAAGCGGUGGUGGUGGUGGUGGUUAUGACAAACUCAUGUUCACCAAUCAAUCGACCGAUCGGUAGUAAACAGCGGCUGUUGACACGCGCGCCACCAAGCGUUGAGUUACUGGCAACGAAGCGACUCGGCGCAGCAGAGAAGUGGUCGUCGAGACGGUUUGCUCCGUUGGACGAAACAAGGUGCAACGCAAACACGGGUUUGUCACCUCCGGUCAUCAUUUCGGGAAUGGACACUUCAACGACUGUUGACCGUCUACCCCCGGCACAACCUUGUCCAGAAGUUGUUCAGCCGGAAGUGUUUACGGCGGCGAACGGAUGCGCCAGCGAACGUGACAAGUCAGCGUAA